GCGCAUAUAUUUGUUUUUGCUUUGUUCGUAACCUAAAAAGUUUCCCUCUACCCACUAAAAAACAUGGAGACAUGAGCAAGGUUACUAUCUGAAUGUUUUGCUUUGGGAUUUAUAGGUAUUUGUGACACCAACUGUUGGAAAUUGACAUGCAUCUCUCAGGAUCUUGGUUAGCUGAAGUCUGCUCACACUGAAGAAUACAAAUCAUACAAUGGCUAAAACUAAGGAUGCUUUGAUUGAUAAGGCAGGAAUAGAAGAGGCUUUCAUAGAUCCCAAAGAUGUUCCCUGGUGGACAUCCUGUCGUCUUGGUCUGGCUGUUCUGGGAUUUUUUGGGUUUAUAAAUCUGUAUGCCUUGCGAGUUAAUCUCAGUGUGGCCAUAGUUUGCAUGGUCAACGGAACAGCAGUACACUUAAAUUCGAAAACCGAAACGAACAACAGAAACUCCUCUGAUCCAGUAAACCAGCAUUUUGAUAGUAAUUGUGGACUUGUAUCUGGAAAUACCAAUCAAACAAUGGAAAGGAAAUUUGAGGACGGUGAAAUAGUUUGGGACAAGACAACACAGGGUCUUAUACUCGGGUCUUUCUUCUGGGGAUACCUUACGACACAGGUCCUAGGAGGAUGGGUAGCCGCAAAAUUUGGCGGGAAGAGGGUUUUAGGCCUCGGGAUGACCGUCUGUUCUGUCUGUACGAUCCUGACCCCCUUUGCUGCCCAGACAGGCUUUGUUUUCCUCAUGGUCAUAAGAAUCGUCAUGGGCAUUGCUUCGGGUACAGUUUUCCCUUCCAUGCAUACAAUUUGGGGCAAAUGGGCCCCUCCUUUGGAAAGAAGCAAACUAACUGCGUUUACGUAUGCAGGAUCACAAGCAGGGAUUGUUAUAACCUUUCCAUUAUCUUCUUUGUUGUGUAAAUACGGGUUUGCUGGAGGAUGGCCCUCAAUUUUCUACGUACUAGGCCCCCUAAGUAUGAUUUGGGUUAUUUUGUGGAUGGUUCUAACCAGUGAUUCGCCAGAGCAACAUAAACGUAUUUCUACUAUAGAGAAACAAUACAUCAAACAGUCACUGCGAAACACUACCCGUCCGCAAGACAGUAAGGACUUGAAGGUUCCUUGGAGGAGUAUAUUUACCUCCCCGCCUGUGUUUGCCAUCAUUCUGUCUAACAUUGCUAGUGACUGGGGAGGGUACACAUUUCUAACCAACAUCCCAAGUUACAUGAAAGAGGUUCUCAAACUAGACAUCACCUCAAAUGGACUCUAUUCAGCAUUACCCUAUAUCGGAUUUUGGUUUGUGGUAAAUGUUGCUGGGGUCUUUGCUGACUUCACCCAAAAAUGUCUAUCAACCACAAUGACUCGAAAAAUCUUUGAAGUUUCAGGUAAAGUGUUACCAGCUUUGCUGCUAAUAGGCCUUGGGUACUUAGACUGUACAAUGAAGGGUCUGGCCAUUGCUCUACUCACCCUCGGGGUCAGUUUUUCUGCCCUUCAGUACAGUGGAUUCCUCAUCAAUCAUAUGGACAUUGCCCCGGCGUAUGCAGGAAUCCUGUUUGGAAUUUCUAAUUCUUGUGGUGCCAUCUCCGGCUUUGUCUCACCUCCUGUCGUAGGACUUAUUACAGAGAAGAAUCAGAGUCGAUCAGAGUGGCAGAAAGUUUUCUUUAUAGCGGCAGCUAUCUACCUCUGCUGUGCUCUAUUUUACCUGGUGUUCGGCAGGGGAGAACCACAACGGUGGGCUGUAGAAGAGGAAACUCUAGAGGUGGAGGAACUGAAUCAAGCCAAAGAGGAAAAAGAAAACCUAAAGGCUUCAGAGAAAGUCUGAUGAACGUUUACUUUUAAGAAAUGUUAACAUAUUAAUGAAUUAAAGCCCGAUGAAGACCCUCUCCGUAGAAGAAGUAAAAUGAUGAGCCCACAUUCGGCAAACCUCGGCUGAUUUCGUCAUCUUCAUCAAACGAUGAGGCACGAAUCGGUCGAGGAGUAACGUGUGGAUGCAUGAGCCCAGAUAGGGCCAAAGAAGGCUUUUACUAUAGGGGAAGAAAAAUUUGAUGAAUCUGAAAAAAAAAGUUUGCAUUUUUUUUUCUCUGUGUUGUGUAUGCUGUCAUUAUUAUACAUGUAUGUACUUUCAAGGGUAUUGGUAUUUUUUUAUGCUAUAAGCUUUUGAUUAAAGAUUAUUGGUUUACUGUAAUUUAUUAUUACAGGAGAUAUUAUUUUUUAUGUGCAGGUUGUGUGUUUUAUUUUACGUAAAAAUAUUUUUUAUAUGUGUUUUUCGAUUUACAGGUAAGAACAUGCGAGAUAUAUUGUCAAAAAUAAUUUAAUCUGUUGGGAUAUUAAGUUUUAUACAGUCAUGUUUGCAUGAUAACAAAUUUGCGUCAGUCAUGAAGAACAAUUGCAUUGUAUUUAUAGACAUACCCUAAGAAAGUAAUAUCGGUAUUUUAGGGGGGAAAUCCACUUGCACUACAUAAAUGAAUCUUCAAAUUCUAGCUAGCAUCAACCAGCUUUAUACGUAUUAAUGCCCAAGACUGAGAAAUCUUAGUUACAAAAGUAUUUUUUGUUAUAUUGAAAUAAAAAGUAAAACAUC